UUUGAUGAAUUUGAAAAGAGAAUUAUUUCGUUUUCUUGCAUUUCGAGGAAAAUAGAUAUGAUGCAUGAAAAAUUUUCAAGCAAAAGCAGCUGCAGAUGAGGUUCCGCGAAUGCAAAUCUAACCUCUAAAUGUCCGCUUAGAAAGUACUUAGGCUAGAAUUUCUUCAUGAGAAUGCAAAUGGUAUUAAUAAAUAUCUGCGUACACGAUAUGUUCUGAAUAAAAAAAGAAACAUGGAUGAAAUUGAAUGUAAAUUGGCAACUAACAAUGCCAUAUUAAUUUCACAUGCAAUUUCGAAGAUUGUUGGACUGAUAAAAAACCGCAGCGAUGAAUUGAACGGCGGAGACGUAUCUGGGGUGCCAGAAUUGGCAACGUUGAUUUCAAAAUGCGAGAGCAGUAAUGCCCUGAUCAGCGUCACGGCAUGCCAUGCACUUACGACUCUUGUGGAGAAUGGCGUACUUAGCAUUGGUACCACAUUAUCCAGAUUCAUAGCUUUGUUAGGAUCAACCAAGAAUUACACAGCUGUAACGGCAGCAAUAAGUAACCUUCUGUUACUUGCAUUAAAAAUUUAUGAUGACAAAAAUCCUUAUGUGUGUCCCUUCACACUUAAAACGCCGCAACAUCCAUUAAUUACUGUUUUGAAUCUGAAUAAAGAUAUCUGGAAGGAUAUUUUGAAUCAAAUGCAAUUUAUGGUAAACCAUUAUAAAAAAGAGAUUGCACAAAACAGCAUAGAACUCUUACGUCCAGUAUUUCUCUUUAUUCUAUGUAACCCAACAUCAACACUCUCUGAAAGCUGUAAACAGCAAACUUGGCAUCUCUUGAUAAAGACGAAUCAUGCCGUUUGUUUGCAAAUUGAAGCAUUACUCUGGCUUCAAACUAGCAAUGCAAAUUCUUGUAUUAAUACGAACUAUAGACUUCUUGAACUGACUGAACUUGCUUUACUUAAUAAGGAUAAAAAAUUAUGCAUUGCUCUGACUUUGCUGAUAUCAUCUCUUGCUUUAGAAUUAGUCAAACAUGGCUGUGAUCCGAGAGCCAACUUGGAAAUACUUUCGGAGAUUUUUAAAGAUAAUGACAAUGAAGCCAGCAGUGUUACUAUAGCAUUGUUAGCUGAAUUAAUUUUGAUAUGUCCUGCCGUUUAUUUGACUAACGUUGUUCGGUUGUGUGCAACUAUAAUAGAUACAACGCCUUGUAGCAUUACAAGUAUGCAUAUGCUGUUAGCAUCUUUGUUACAAUGGAUGGCGUAUCCUUCAUUAUUGUCAUGCGAUGGUCUGGAAACUGCCAAAGAUGUGAUAAACACAAUUAAAACUAAAAAAACAUGGUCUUCACACACCAAAAGACUUUAUGCAAACAAAACAUUUAGUACGCUUAAGUAUUUCGAUUCCAAUAUACCGUUUUACGUGGAAACAAGCUGUUGCGUAGAAACUUUGUGCAAUGAGAACAUGAUCUUAUGGCUAGAGAAUAUUUCGAAAGCUCCACAAGACUUCAAAUACAAAUUGAAACUAUAUCUCAGCGGUAUAUUCUUACAAACAGAAAGUACCGAAGUAGCAAUAAAAGUAUGCCAGAUUCUCUUGGGUAUUGUGAAAGAGAAUAAUUCUUUCGCAUCUCACUUGCUUUCCUUGGUUUUAUACAAGCUAACGAAUUCACAAAAUUACAAUGAGACUAAAGCGCUACUUUUCGCUUUACCUGAACUGGCAAUAGCCAAAGAGAAUGUACCAUUGAUAAUUCAUAAUUUGGAAACUUUACUGGGAUAUGGGAAACCAUUGAAACAAUUGGCAAUAGAGCUUUACUUGAAAACGUGGAAAAAUGAGCCACGAUCUCAUCGGUAUCUCCAAGCUGCUCUAGUGGAUGCAAGCAAAAAUGAUCAUUCUUGGGAGACAAGUAUAACUUGUGCAAGAGCUAUGAAAUACAUUUGUGAAACUCGACCAGAGCACGGAGCUGAAUUAGUCCCAUUGCUGUCACAAAUAUUAAACAGAUGUAACGAUCUCAAGGGUAGUGCCCCAAGCGCUCUGGCUUUGAAAGGUAUAUCUGCACUGUGUGAAUCUGGAGUGAUUGACAUAUGUUCAACAUGGAAGGUUUUAUCUCCGAAACUGAAUAAGGAUAAGAGAAGCAUCGUCUUACAGAGCCUUUGCGAGUUAAUGGGGGAUAUACCAUCAUAUCCAAGUCGACCAAGUGAAAAUUUUGACAAGCUUGUUAUCGAAGUAAUAACUAAGUUAUGGAGUUACGUUGCCGCUUCCGAAACCAUGGAAGUAGUUACAUCUGCUUUGCAUGCCUUAUCUGCAUAUAAUUUAGAGCUAAUACCAUUGAAAUCAUUACCAGAAAAUUUUCGGAAAGAUUUGAAACUUCCAGAUAUCUACUGUAAAACGCCAGUGGAUGCGGCCAGGAAGCCUGAAUCAGUUUUACCAUAUAUCCCUGGCACAUGCUGGAUACAGAUGUUGGAAAAUACUAAUUCAUCAGCCUUGCAAGCAGCUGGAGAUUUGUUAAUAUGUUUCAUUAAAUCCGAAGUCAACGGUUUUCGAGGGGAUAUGUAUUCUCCACCUCAGGGAGAACCGAAUAGCUUUCGUUACCUGCCAGAUAAAAGUGUUAUAAAAGCUAUCGGCGAUUACGUAAGACUUUCUAGCGUAUCUCCUAAAGAUUACAGAGAGCCGAUAAUUGUUGAAUGUUUGAGAAUACUGUCACAGAAAUACCCAAAACCCCUACCUCCUAUAAAUUGGGUAUUUUUGCAAGGACUCUUGCAAUUGAAUGAUGAGGCUAAAAAAUAUAUCAUAGCUUUGGCUUGCCACCAAAUGACAAUAUCACCAUCAGCUAAACGAUUUAUUGAAAAUUACCUUACCACAUUUGAAGCGGUCACAGAAUUCCAAGAAUAUGUAUUAAUAUACGCAAACUUGCAAGACCUAUGCAAAGGAGUACCGCCAAAUAUUUUAAGACCAGUUCUAGAAAAAACGUUGAAUUACACUUUGGAAAAAGCCCUUAUGGGUAAUGAUGAAUCAGUAGAUAUGUACAAAGAAAUCAUGGUAUGCUACAAAGACACUUUAAAAGAUGAAACAAUUCACGAUGCAAAUAGAACCUUACUUUCCAUAAUAUUAGAAGGGCUAUUAGAUAGAAUAGAGGGUGACAGCAAACUGUUCGAAUUUUAUGUCGAUACAGUUGUUGAAUUGUCAUCAAAGCACAUCGAAAGAAUGACAUCACCGAGUGUCUGGUGGGAAGUUACAGGUGAGCGUCUCAAAAAAGCAAUUUCAAUUAGAGCAGAAUUGACGUUGAAAAAAGAUGUAGAAUUACCACUGGCCUGGAUGAAUGAAGUCAUUGACACUGCCAUUAUUAUGCCUGGGGAACAAGUAUUUGUACUAAGAACCAUGUUAUACGUUCAAUCAAAAAUGCGAUCUGAAUCCUCUACUUCGAGAUGGGUAUUAGAAUUGAUGGGACGUAUUCAAGCCAUAUUAGCUGACUCAUCUCUGGAAGAUAAUGAUCAAAGAGCUAUAUUUCUAUCUGAUGUAUUGUUUAUCUCUUGCAUUUGCCUCUCAGGCAAUGAUUGCCUGUUGACAAGCAGUGAAUCAAUUGUUCUGUCUAGAGGCCUUCGAGUCAGUAUGUUCUCUCAAGCCAUUGCUGACUUGGUUAAAAAUGAACACUGGCGCCGUAUCGUUACUCAGAUUAUGGAAUGGUUGCACCAUAUGCGAUCAAGUAAAUUACCCGAAUUAUACACAAUGGCAUAUAACAACGCCUUGGUCUCUCUUAAACACGAACGAUACUUCAACGACACCUGGACUAAAUAUUUAUCGCAUAAACCACGAAUGCAUUUACAGUUAUAACUUUAUGGAUGUCGAAUUUGAACACCAGCGCGUUGAUUAAAAUGCACAAAUGAAUUUAAUACUCAACCGAAGUAACCGAUAGUUUUGAUCACCAUUUGCAUCCAUAUGUUAUUUACAAUGAUCUCAAUGAUCCCGAU